AUUGAAACAGAGCAGGAAUGGGAAUUUAUCGAAAAUGCGAUUCAUAACCGAGAAGGCAGUGAAUGUGGUGAAUGGUUUAUUGGUCUUGAGAUGAAUAUAACAUCAGUUAAUCGGACUUGGAUCAAUGGCGAACCUCUGACUAUUGACAAAUGGGAUAAGUCAAGUCCUGAACCAAAUGACUUUUAUGGGAUGAUUCAUGAGGAAUUUCCACCUGGAAUGAAAGGAUCUUUUAGCACAAUUACAAAGAGGAUUAGCACCGUACAAAGAGGAUGGAUUUGCGAGAAAGAAUCAGGUAUUGAUCAGGAUCAGAUAACAGAACGAUUUUAGCUUUAUCAAACAUUAUUAUCAUGCAUGAAUCUGAAUUAACUGUAGGCUGCUUUUGCGCUCUCCUUCCCACCCUUUAUCUGUUCUUUUUCUCAUCUUACCCUUUUCGCCUAUUUCGAUCACCUCAUACGAAGGCUCAUCAUCUUCAGUGGAACAGUUCCCGUGAUACCAGCCACUUUGAUAAAAGUUUAUAGAUAAAUUAUUGGGAACCCCUUAGAUAAUGUACUGAUUCGUAGCUAGCUAUGGGAAAGCUUGAGAAACACUACAUUUCCGUCUAAUCAAAUUGCCACUCCACAAAUGUCUACCUAGAAACAGUGUCAAUUUUCAUGUUCCUAUCACAGACAAUUGUCGAGGGGUCUGUUUCCUCCAUCCUUUUCCAAGAAGCACAAAUCCUCCUGGACCUAUAACUGCAACAAAAAUUGUUACCACACUAGGGAAGACGUCAACCGAACAGGAUAUCGCUGGUGUAUCAGGUAAGAUCGCCGAUUGAUUGACAAUUUUGAUUGACUGAGGAUAUAUAAAAGAGUAACUUCCAUGCGUUAGCCUAGUUUUGUUUGCUUUUUUCCUUCCUGUUUCACUUCGACUUGUCUUUUCAUGUUUUUGUUUCGUUUGAUUGUUCUGUUUGUAUGCUUCUUUGCUUGUUGUUGUUGUUUUGUUUUUGUGUGUGUGGCAGAGCUUAAGGGACCUCUUUGCAUUUGAUAUUGGUUUUCCUUGUUUUCGUUCUUUUGUUCGCUUGAAGGUUGGACAGUCGGUAAAGAAUUUGCCGGAUCAUUCAGGGGCACUAUUUAGGAUAGAUAUUAUAAUCUCUUGAUACAUCACGAUUAACAUCAUUAGAAAUUUGAAAAUACAAAUGCAUUUAAUCCAGGAUCUUCAAUAACUGUGUUCAUACCAACCAUGGUAAUCACAAAUGACAACAGCAGUUCACUGCCCACAGUACUGAUAAUUGCCGCUUCCUCAGCAGCAGUGUUCUUCGUAGUGUUGAUCAUUCUUAUUGCAGUUAUAUUAUUAAGGCGAAGGAAUCGUCAACGAAAAGGUAAAGAAGUUCGACAUUAA